AUGGCAUUCGUAUUUAAGGCCACCGGAAGGGAUUCCGGCCGACCGCAGACAUCCUCUUCCCCGUCUGCCGGCGCGAAGAAAGGCCUUUCCCCGCUCGGCAGCCCCGAGCAGCCCCCUGGCAGUGAAGCGCCUGUGUCUGCCCAGGCGACGAGUCGUCUCCGUUCCGCCGGCGCCACACCUACGCCCGCGUUAACCCCUCACAUGAAGCGCACUCCGUCCUCGUUGUCGGGCUCGCCGUUAGCGCCCAAGUAUGGCGAGGGAGCGUCAUCUAUUUUAACGGCCGCCGGUGGACGGGCCGGCAAUCCGUCAAGCACUGCAACACGCCGUGGAGGAGCCACUGGCGGCGGCGAUGGCGGCAUCCGCGGCUCCCCUUUGCCGUUCUCGCUGCGUCGACCCGCCCUGAGUGCAAGCGGUAGUGCGGGAGAUAGUCCGGGAGGAGAUGAUGGUGUUCCUUCCGGUGCUGGUGCUGGUGCUGGUGAUGGUGGUGGUGGUGGUGGUGGUGGUGGCUCGGAGAGGGACGGAAGUGGGACGACGGACAGCAGUGUGGGGAGUGGGAUACUCACCGCCGCCGAUAUUUUGGCAUAUCGCGCUACUAGUAGCUCAACGCGCAAAGGAUCGCUGCACGCCGGUCAGAGUCGCUCCGCGCACCGCCAGCGCCACGAAGACCAAAGUGCGCAUGGGCACUUGCCUCGACACCGCCAGCAGAAGUCGCUGGACGAUCGUGAGUCGCUUUCAUUCCGUCAGGGUUUCCGUCAUGGGCCGGGGCUAGGCGGGAGUCCCAGCAGCAAUCGCGUGGCGCAGCCUUCAAAAGAGGCAGCGGCCGCUAAGUCCGCCCACAGGCCCGCUGCCGUGGCGGCGACGACGGAUGCCGCGUCGAGUGCUGGUUCGGUGGCUUCUGACUCAUCCGACGUCAGCACCCGAGCCUCUGAGUCAGCCUCGGCCAGUCGUCGUGGCGGCCAUGCGAGCCCGCGUGCGAAGCCGAUGGACGCUCGUCACAACUCGUCGUCGUCGCUAUGGAGGUCACCAUCCGCGUCGUUCCCCUCCCCCCCUUCUGCAUCUGCUGCCGCCGCGUCAGCAGGCGCGAAGUCAAGAGGCGAGGCGGGCGCGUCGCCGUUGUCAGCAAGAGCGCCGCAGCAAGCGGCAGCCCGCGCCAUGAUGCUGCGACGGUCACGUAGCUUCUCCACGUUCUCGCGGCCCCCUGCUACCGGUGCGCCUGCUACGACCGGCGCGAUUGCUGGAGCUAGUUCCGCGGACGGCAGCAACAGUGGCGCUCAUUCCGCGUGCAGCAGCGCUGUUUCCGCGUGCGCCUCUGGCGGUAAACGGAACGAGAGGGAUGGCGGAGGCGGAAGCACGAGCACGAGCAACAAGCUGCUUCGAAGCCACAGCGUCGAGGGCAGCUGCGACGUGGGCGGCGAGAGUGCGGGCGAUAGCAACGCGCUGUUUGGUCGGGCGGGAGGUGCGAGCAGCAAGAGCAGCAGAGUCAAGGGGGCCCGUUCGCGAUACUGUCAUCCUCGAUACGCGCAACAGCACCAUCUCGACGCGCCGUCGUCGGCUGGCAGUGCAGCCUCGGCGCGCCGAGCGGGAGCGGCGUGGAACGUGGUGGACGCGCAGAUGGCGGAUUGGGGCUUGCUGGCAGGAAUUGGGGCCACGGGUGAUGCUCCUCGCGCGGAUUCUGGUCCUGCUGCUUCUGCUCGCACAGCUCGUAGCGCUCGCGCGGGUUCUGGAGCGAGUGAGCGCAGCGGCUCUACUCCUACUGGGAGCCGCCCCGCGCUCUCGAGGUCGCGAUCGGGAUUGAGUACGGCGGUGUUUCGCCGACUGUCGUUCUCGUGCGAGGGCGACGAGGCGACUGGCGAGGAGUGCGGGCUGGUCACCGAGAGUCACAGUGAGGAGGAGCAGGAAGGGGAGGGUACGGGAGGAGGCAGUGCGAGGACGACCGCACUUGCUGCUUCGGAUUAUGAUGAGCUUUAUGGGACGGGAAGGGUGGCGCGAGGCGACAUGGCGUCGCGCGGGCUGGACUGCCGGUGGUGGGACAAGAUCCGAGACGAGCUCGACGCACUCCGCGCGUUGGUGGAGGAAUCCGCGAGCACUGCGGCCCGCUCGCACCCAGCUGCCACCACUGCAGCUACUGCCGCUCCUCCACAAGCAUCACCUGGGCAGGAUCAUCGUCAGUCCCCGCGCUUACGUCGAGGCAUGUUGAAACCAAGCACGAAGGGGGACGAGCAAGCACCACUGCUUGCAGCCGACGCUGGCGGUGGUGCGGUGCUUGCGUGGCUGGGGCAUGCGAGGCGCGAACUGGAGAGCAUUGUUGGAGGGCGAGGGGGGGGAUGUGGCGUGGAGUGCGGUGAUGGAGAACAUGCGCAGCGUGAUGGAAUGCUACAGAAAUUGAAGUCGCAGGAGCGUUGCGUCGCCGGCAGCAGCAGUGAUACUUCAGACAACUCCUCUUGUACCAGUGCCAACAGCAGCUCCUUUGGUGGAACCACCGACACUGCCGUGACGGAGAAUGACGCUGACGCCCUUGGUGAAGCAGGGGAGCUUGGCGAAUGUUCGGAGGCCGACAUUUUUAGUCUCCUUGCGACACAGUCGAAUCAGUUCAUCCGUCUGCCAGCCUUCUCCUGGGACGCCCUUGCUGAAGGGCCCUCUGGUGUCGUCCUGGGGAGACGGGCCAUUCGCAUUCAGCAGCAGCGCAGCCACACACACACGAAUUGUCAGUAUCUCUUGCCACAACAACCUGGGUGGCAGCAUCAAGAUGAGCAGCAGCAGCAGCAGCAGCAGUGGCGCCAGCAGAAUAGGGGAAUCACUAUCCUGGAAAGGCGAGGAGUUGGUCACUGUUCGCUUGGAGGUUUGUUUUUCGUGGAGACAGAUCCGGGUGAGGAGAGGCAGGCUGACAUUGAAUUCGCGAGUACCUGCAGCAGCAGUGCCAGCAGCAGCAGCAGCAGCAGUGGUAGAAGCGAGGCUGGUAAUGAUGGCCCUUGGCUCUUGAGAAUUCCUGAGGACUCUCUGCAUAAGUCCCCUGCAUGCUACCCAGCAGAGACAGCAACAGAGGCUGCAGCAGGCGAGACUAAGGAAGGAGCGGUGGAAGCAGCAGAAGGUGCAGCAGGCGGCAGUGAGUCAGUGGACGCCGCCAGCUUACAGCAGGCCACACUCCCUGCCAGGAGCAUUACAGAAGACACUGCUCCACACGCCCAAGCACACCUCCCUGCGCCUGUGCCUCCUGCUCUGCGUACCCCAGCGGCACUGCCAUCGGCAGGGGGGUGGCUGGGCCGGCCCAGAGGGAAGCCAAGCGGUGCUGGCUUGAUUGGUGCGAGGGCAGCGGGAGGAGGAGGGAAAAGAGCCGGGGAGGUGGUUCUUUUAGGGAGGGGGAAAGAGGAGCACCUGGAGAACCAUAUGGUGAGGUUCUGGGCGCGGGAGAGGGGGUACCUACACAUGCUGGGCCUGCCAUCGUCGCACCAAG